UUCCAGUCUCCCAAGGAAAUGUACGUGAAGAAUAUCAAGCGGUGGGUGAUACCAUUUCUGGAGAGGUGUGAGAAACAGGUCCCCAGGCAGAAGAAAGAGCUGCUGACACAGUACAUGCUCAGUAUUGCAAAGGAGGAUCUGACCAAUUGUGUGAUGAUAUUUGAAAACUCAAAAGCAACGGUAACGGGCGGUAUCAUCAAAGACAGUGACUAUCUGAUGACUCUAGCGUUGCAGUGUGUGUAUACCAGCGAUCGGGAUGACCAGCUAAGCCAGGCACUGGCCAUACUGGAGUGUAUGCCAAGACGGAGCUUUGGAAUGCAGUCGGAGGAAAUCUCUGCCCUCCACAACCAGCUCGGACAUCUCUCAGACCACCUCCGCGCUGCCGAGAUCCUGAUCAAGCACGAGGUGCCCAAACCUCCGCGGUUCAUACGAGACUCUGAGAAGGAUGAAGAUCAGGCCAAGGGAUUGAUGAUCCGACUUUCUAGACAAGCUGCUAGGAGGAAGUCUCCAUUGAAUGCGGGGGAGUGGAAGCAGCUUCUGAGGGACAUGUUGGAGCUACAGCGGAAAGUCUACACCUGCUUAGAACCGCAACUUUGCUAUGAGAUCCACACCGAGAGCCUUCUAGGAUCCAGCUCCCUUCCCAAUAUCCAGCUUGCCGGUGAGAUGCUAACUCGCUCCUCAUCCCAAGAUCCGGCCUCCGGUAACCAUGGCGGUAUGGCAUCCUCUGCAUCAUCAAGGAUCAGCUAUGAGAAGUCGGUGGAGUUGGUGCUGUCAGCGGCCAGGGAAUACUUCAACUCGUCCGCUGAUUUGAUGGAUUCGUGCAUGGAUCUAGCCAGGUCCUGUCUUCAGCUGUUACAUGACUGUCCACCAGGCGUUCAGGAAGAGUUAGAUCUCAUCGCUAGCCUGGCACUUUUGGAUGACUACAAUGUCUCCAUUCUGCCACUGCAAGUGAGACUCUGUUCUGACCGUCUCGAGUUGGUCGAGAAAGCUCUGUCGUCGAUGCCAAGCUCAUACAAAGACUCGAAACAGCUCCUUCGUCUAGCCAAACUGUUACGCGUCUCGGGUACCAAUGAAGCAGACAGGAAGGGCCAAGUGCUGUUACUAGUUGCGGAGGCUGCAUUAGCUGCUGCGGACUACCGGGCAAUGCAUCAUACAUGCGUAGAGCUGAUACAAGCCGGGUAUAGUCCUGGGUGGAGCGUGUGCUACAAACUAGCCAUGGCCGACGAAUUCAGGGAUCUCUCCUCAAAACGAGAGCUUCUAGCCUUCUCAUUGGCUCAUUGUGAGGAGGGGUCACUUGAGGUCAUCCUGAAAGCCAGGAAUGCUUUGGAAAUGCAGAUAUUAUGCCUGUCAGUGAAUGCUCACUCAACAUCACGUGCGUCAACAACUACUCCUCCUGGUGAUGAGGAGGAGGAAGAGACUGUUGCUAUGGAAACAGAGACAGAAACACAACCAUUGCAGCAUGAGGACCAGACUGUUCUUCGCGCGGCUCUCGGCAAAACAACGGCCAAAACUAGACAAGUCUUAGCGGCCACCGGCACCACGACUAAAGCGGUCCUCGCAGCGACAGGCACCACGACCAAAGCUGUACUAGCUGCCGUGGGCGACCGGCGAUGGUGGAAGGAUACGCUGAAGUGGAUGCGUCCACUAGCUGGAGACAGCCACGGCGCGGCGGAGGAAUACGGGGUCAGGGGUCACGGGAACGCUAAGAUGGAGUAUCACGGCUGCCAUCCGUUUUACCGGACGGUGAUCGAUAAUCACUUCAUCGGCAAGGAACAAAUGAACUAUGGUCUGUACCGUGCAACUCAAACUGACGGGACACCAGUGAAGUUAAGCCAGGAUAUACUACACGCUGGAUUAAUGGAGGGGACCAGUGAACCGAAUCUCGGAGCUCAAAAUGAAGUGUUAUUACGAGCUGCGCUAGAGGUCAUGAACUUUGACCUGACCCUGGGACUUUGCUAUUUGCUAGCAUUACCAAACUCUUUGGAUGCGGAACAGUGUUUUGAGCAACUUCCCCGCACAGCCAUGACCCUCCAACUAGCCGCCUACUACUACGCCCUCCAAAUCCAUCACUCCGCCCACCCUAGCCAGGUCACCACCCUAGACCCCGCCUACCAGCUGGCACCCAGCAAGCUGAUUGGCCAGGUGGUGGGUCAGGUGACCGGCAACAGCGGCAGUGAUUGGUCGGAAGAGCAGAUGGGUAUGGUGUCCCAGUUGCAGCGGUACGUGGAACUGCUGGCUGAUUUCACACAGGCCGAGGCAUUGCAGGCUUUGGGACGAGGUGUUGAUGUUGCACGCUUCACACAGGACAGUGAUUACAAACAUGAAACCAUACUCGGUCUGGCUAUGACGACGGAAGAGGAAGUCUACAAGCUUUCCAUCUCAUUGGCUCAGCGUUACCAGUUGCCUCUGUGGGAGGUCUACAUGACACAUCUAGAGUUCGUCUUCUCAGACAGCGGCUUUUUGACACCAAAACUCAAGGAGUACGUCGCCAGUCUCAACAUACUGCCAACUUUAGCCUCUCAACCCGCGGACUUCUACGAUCGUCUAAACCUCUACGUCUUCCCAACAAUAGAGGGCAGCGAUCACAACCGACUCAUCUAUUACUACACGCUUCUCCAGAGUUGUGGGUCAAAGGUUAAAGGUGGCUUAGUGACCCCGGAGGUGCACAUCAAGUCUCUGAAGAAGUUGAAGGCAGCAGCACCAGGUCUGGAUUACAAGAGUUUAUUGGACGGUGAGACUGAUCCAGUGGAUGUGAUUGGUCCAGUGUUGAGUGGAUCGAACGUACACGUCAUCGCUAAACUGGCUGCCAAAAUACCACUUCAGGGUGGUGGUAAUGUUUCAUCAAGUCAAGUAUUCCUGGCCUACAUCAUCAAACUCUUCUGGGAAGGGGACCAGGGGAAUAAGAAGACUCCAGAGUCAACGGCUGACUGGUUGCAUCGUUACGAAGCCUGCGGGGAGUUCUUCUCCCGUCUCAGUCCGGCCGAUUUCACCGCGUUCAUUGCAAGUGUCGUCUUCAAUGAAAAAUCCAUUCAGAAGUUGGAGCUAGAGUGUCGUCAGAAAAUCGUCAACCGGGCCUUGAAAUUCAGCCGCCAGCAGUCAGGAAAACAGAAACUAGCCGCGUCGACCGGGAGUUUCAAGUUAGAAUCAGCCGUGGAGAAACUACAACAAUAUGUCCGUCAUCUGCAAAGUCUAGAGUCUGAGGGAGUGGAGGAACUUAUACAGUAUGACAAGGACAAGUCGUCUAGUUACACCGUCAAGUAUGAUCUCACGCAGGGCGACACGGACAAGCUGAGGGCCUUCUUCGUUACUCUCUUGACCGGAGGUGCGACCCUAGAGCUCGCCUCUGGACUUCUCAAACUGACCCCUAUGGACCGAGCUACGCCCCUGUCUGUCGUCCAGCACACCUUACAGACCUUACUGACUCUACUGAGAGGGGAACGCAGCGAAGCCACGAGGGGCGUGGAGCUGAAAGAAGAACCCUUAGAGAUGGUCAAGAUUGUAUUGGGCACUGUCAGCAAACAUGAACAACUGGGGGGUAGCAUGGUGUCUGCAGGUCAAGUUCUAGAUGUUCUGAGACCGUUCUGCAGCGAUAGUUCCAUCGAUGCCAAGCUACGCAUUGAUGUCUUACUUAUCCUGGAAAAGACGUUUGAGCUUGGUGAGGAGGAUGCGCUGUUGCUGCUGUUCUAUCGUACGGAGGCUCUCGUCUCCUCCCUCUGGAAACAAGAGGUUUUGGAGGUCGAUGUAGCAACAGAUGAAUCUCGUCAUAACCUCUUCACAUCUCUACUCAAGAACAGUCACUCCAUGGAGCAGCUGAUCACGUUGUCACGGUUACUACAGCAAUGGCCGCCACUCCAGAUAACCAAAUCAAGCAAUGAUCCUUCCCAUAAUCCUUGGGUGGAGUUAUUGGUUGCUUGGAUACAGCAUCCCGACAGCUCGCAUCACAAUGAUGCGCUGCAGGGCCUGUUCGAAUACUUUGGGGAGAUCAGCACUAUUACAUCAGAGUGUGUUGAAGUCUUGUACCAAGAGUUAGUCGGCAAGGGAUCCAUGCUGACAGCCAUGAAGCUCAUCCUGAUCACGAAGGAUACCCGACUUUAUCCAGUCCUGCUAGACUACAUGCAUCUUGAGAAGCAGGUAUCUCCAAGUUGCUAUGACAACAAGCUAUUCCAUCUUCUCAUCAGUAACGAACUAACAGCAAAAAUUGUAACCACGCCUUACUAUGCGCCCCUGGUCGACUACUUGUUGACCUCUGCAGAUGCUGACCAGCUAAGGUCAAAGGUCAAGGUCUUGGUGGGUCAGCUGAGGUCAGCAGGUCACGAGGCAGCCGCAGGCACCUUGCUGUUACAAUGCCAGGGGGUGCACCCGAUGCUUGGAACAUUAGACACCGCGUUUUCAGCGUUGAGACACUGGCUAGGAAAAUGAAACAACCGUAAAUUUGGAAAACAGAAAUCUUCUUUCAACACCAAACUUUUAUUGCAAAUAUGAUUAUUUUGGCCUUUCUGACAUAUUUUCCAUGGUGGGAAAUCUUUCAUUUGAUGUAAUCUGUCACAGUGUUUUGUUUAGGAUUAACUUUUUAGGCCUUACUAAAUUGUGAUAAAUACUUUGAUUAAAGGGAAUGUACAUCAUUGGCUUUUGCUGUAAUUUUCAGAAAUGAACUAUUUGAGAGGUUAGUAUAA